UUGAUUCAGGAUUCUCAUGGCGAGCCGGCAGCACCACCACCACCUCCUGAAAAGUCAGUGUCUCCACCGGCCUACCCGAAACGGCCAGAGCCGCCUGAAGCACCCGAAGCACAGUCUCAGGAAUCCGCGAAGUCAGAACAUAGUAAAGGUUCUCCUGUAUCACCUGCCGCACCAUCUGCGCGCCCUACUCCAGACGACUUGGCUGCAGAAUCUGAGAUGAACGAGGAACCUGACGACACUAAUUCGGAGAUGUCCGAGCAAGACACUGAGGAAGAAAAACCAAGCAGUGAGAAAAGUAGCAGUUCUACGGAAGAGGGAUCUUCGAAAUCUACUAUAAAGAUAAAUCCUCCUGCAUAUCCUGUCACGAAGGAUCAGAUACACUCAGCAUCACCAUCAAAAGACGAUCAAAAGGAACCAACUUCUACGACUGCUCUCUCACCUGGGAUCUAUGAACACCCGGAAGGUAACACUCUUGCUUAUUUUCCCACGAUGGAAGCGAAACGAUUCCCG